CAGACCAAUGUUACUUCAUACUCAUUGAUUUGAUAAAUUUAAAUUAUUAAUUUAUUUUUUGUUUAUUUUAAUUGACAAUCAUAACAAUGUUGAUUUAGUUCAUAUUUUUCGGUAUUUGCUGGACAAUUUCCAGCUGAAUUAUUAUUUUUGAAGUACAAAACAUUUUUCGUCAUUUCUUUCUGAAGGUUAAGAACAGGUGAUAUGAAUAAACAUGAAUUUUAAUGUGCGAGUGUUGAUUUGUAAAAGAAAGUCAGUGUAUGAUGAUUAUUUCGUCUCUGUGAAGCACGUUUAUAAUUUUAAAGAAUAUAGCCAAAAUCAAUUAACAGAAGAUAAAGAGCAAAGUAAUAAUGAACAUGAUAGAUUUACUAAGUAUCAUUCGUUAUUAUUACGCCGCAGGGGUUUAAAUGCUUAUUUGGUAUCUGUAUAUUUAUACACUAUAAUACAAUCCACCACAUACAGAAAAGCAGCUUUACAUAGACUUGAAAGAUUUGUUGCAUCCAAAGAAUAUUUAUUAAAUGACAUCCCAACUAUAAUUUUCAUCAGGCUCAAAACUCCAAAGCAUCAGUUCCUAGAUUUUGAAUGGAAUAAAAGAAUGACUCGUUUAGUCAUACAAAAGCAUGAUUUAGAUGUUGCCAUGUCUUGGCUUUCAACCUUGGGAGGAGCAUUUUCAGCUUUAGGGGAUGAAUUUAAUCAUUGCGCUAAAGUAGCAGGAAAGAUUUCAUUGGCUCAAUUUAAAUUGUCCUUACAAUUAGGAGAUCCACAAUUAGUGGCUAGAUGCAACCUUUAUGCAGCUCUAAGUUUAAUACAACAAGGCUAUUACAAACGAUCAAAACAAAUGAUCCAAAAAAUAUAUAAGUUUGCUCUUGAGUCGAAAGAUGUCAGGUUACAGAAAAUGUGCCAGGGAGUCUGGGCAAAAUUAAAAUAUUGUUAUCUUCAGAGGAAAAAAAGCAUCAGGUAGUUUGUACAAAUGAGAAAUAAAACAGUAUAUUUU